AUGUGUUCAAGCACCAAAGGCAGACUUUGGAGAGUUCGUCUCCUCUUGGGAAGCUGGUCUCGAAUAACGGCAUGCCUCACGCUGCCUCGCCUUCUGCCGCCUUUACUGGCUGGCCUCGACUUCUGCCGCAUCGCGGCCCCGACCUUUUCUGCCGCCUCGCGGCCCGACUUCUUCUCGCCCUUCCUGGCACGCCUCGCGCUGCCUCGCACCCUCUGCCGCCUUUACCGGCUGGCCUCGCCUUCUGCCGCCUUGCGGCCUGACUCCUUCUGCCGUCUCGCGGCCCCGACCUUUGCUGCCUUGCGGCUGCCGCCCAGCGGCCACGACUUCCUCUGGACUGGUGGGCCGCGGGGCCCCGAGAGCUACAAGAGCCUAGAGCUCAAGGCCUCACCAGGUGCCCCGGGCUGCACACAAUCGACAACACCUCCACCACCUGCUUGCUACGAGGUAGGCACGGGGACUUCGCCGACUGUCAUGACCACGAAGUGGCCCCGGAUCGAACGCUCCUGCGAGAAGACAAUCGCCAUCGGGGCGAACCCCGACUAA